GAACGGCAAGUAAAGAUAUAAUCCCCGAGGUACCAAGUAGCUUACCUCAGCGAAGGCCCGCUGUGAGAACGGGCGCAGGUGCCGCCUGCCCCUCCGGCGUGUGCCGUCACUUUGUCCAAGGACUGCCCCGCGUUCAACGGCGUGCCCCGCCAUCCAGUCGCGCUCUCUGCGCCAGUCGCAGCUCCGACAUAGGCCAACGUGGUGGUGGCCCGCGGUGAUGAGUGACGACUGCUGCCGCACACUAAGACGGCGGGGUUCCAAUCCACCACACAAAAUUUCCGCCCUCUCUCUCUUCCAGUCUUGGCCCGGUCUUUGACUCACCGCAGAAUCGAACAAGUGUAGUCACCCCCCUACGGACAGCUUCCGCGAUAACCAAGAACAAAGUCGCGCAGACUUCGACUUUUAUCAUUACCCGAGUCCCAGACCAUUGACUCGAAAUCACGCUCGCUUUCCAGGCCUCAACCACUCCUCGGAACACCUCGCACCGACCUCUGUUGUGUGACCCAAAAAUCACCCCGCCGCUGUCGCUGCAGAAAUUCUCGUCGCCAUUGGCUUCACUGCGACCUUGUGCUCCAAUCCACACACGCGCCCGACCCGACCGUUUCCACCUAACCUCUUGAAGCGUUUCAACUCUGGGAGCGACUUCUCUCCACCUAUUGUAUUCCCGUCUGUCGAUCGCGUCAUUGUAGCAUACCUUUUGCCUACCAUGGAUUUGGUCAACCAGUUGGUUUUUACCCCUCCAUCACAACCGCCAUGGACCAUUUCGCAGAGAAGCUAAUGACGAAGCAAAGCCUAGAGGGCCGCCUUCUGUUCGCCGUGCCCAAGAAGGGCCGCUUGAACUCCGCUACGCUCAACCUGCUUGAGGGAGCCGAUAUCCAGUUCCGCCGCGAGAACCGCCUCGACAUCGCCCUCGUCAAGAACCUCCCCAUCGCCCUCAUCUUCCUGCCCGCCGCCGAUAUCCCCACAUUUGUCGGCGAGGGCCGCGUCGACCUUGGUAUCACGGGCUGGGACCAGGUCAAGGAGCACGAUGCCGGCGUCAUCAGCAGCAACAAGGCCCGGAGAGCCUCCGUCGAGCUGAACGCCGAGGGCGAGGAGCUCCAAAAGGUCGGAGGCUGCGAGAUGGUCAUGGAGCUCGGCUUCGGCCACUGCAAGCUGCAGACCCAGGUCCCAGAGAAGGGCCCCUACGCGACGACCCAGGACCUGGUUGGCAAGACCAUUGGCACCAGCUUCGUCAACCUGGCGGCAGAGCACUUUGCCAAGCUGGAGCUGGGCGUCGACGCCGACGGCAACAGCAACACCUCGCCCAAGAAGCUCUGCACCAAGAUUAUCGACCUCAGUGGAAGUGUCGAGGCUGCUUGUGCGCUGGGUGUCGCUGAUGGCAUCGUUGACCUUGUUGAGUCUGGUGAGACCAUGAGAGCCGCCGGCCUCAAGGCCAUUGACACCGUCGUCGACUCUCAAGCCUGCCUCAUCAAGUCUCGGUCGCCGUCAAACACCGAGCUGAUCGAGCUCAUCGCCGCCCGUAUCCGCGGUGUCAUUACCGCUCAGAGAUUCGUCCUGUGCCAGUACAACAUUGAGAGGUCACGUCUGGUCGAGGCCAAGCAGAUUACCCCUGGAAAGCGGGCGCCGACCAUCACAACGCUGGACGAGGAGGGAUGGGUCGCUGUCAGCUCAAUGGUCGAGAAGAAGAAGAUUGCGCUGGUGAUGGACGAUUUGACCCGCGUUGGCGCUCAGGACAUUUUGGUGCUCGAUAUCCACAACACUCGAUAGAUUUUGCAGUCUUUUGGAAAGGAAAAAUAGAUGAAUACCACGAAAUAUGUAAUGCUUCUGCAAUAAUGUCAGCAAGAAUGCAAGAAUCGUCCAAUAUGUCGCAAUUGAAGGAACGGCAAGUGUUCCAAAGAACAAGACGUGACCGAAAGCGAAGAUGAAGCGGAAGCUGGGUGAAAUGUUCGUCCAUCUCCGACACAGCUGUGAGCAUUUGUGGCUGGGGUGACAAUUUUUUCGAUGGUACGUAUGGCAUUGAGG